UUCAUGUCUCCGCCUGCAUAUUUAAGCUCUAUCUUUAUUUAACGGAUACCCUUUUCUCAGGAAGGGUUAAAAGUCGACAAUAAUUUAGAAAAGCAUACGUGGCAGUCUAGGGUGCAAGGUCGUUGCUAAAAAGAUCACCACUACUUCUACUUCCACUACUACACCUCCAUAUACUAUAGUUGACCUACCUUCUCCGUCUCCGGCGAGAUUCCCGCCAUGAGUGCCGGAACGACGACGUUUCGCUCCAUACUUGAGAAGCCCCUUAACCAGCUUACCGAAGAUGACAUUUCUCAGCUCACUCGUGAAGACUGCCGCAAAUACCUCAAAGAUAAAGGGAUGCGAAGGCCUUCGUGGAAUAAAUCCCAGGCGAUCCAGCAGGUGAUUUCGCUCAAGGCUUUGUUAGAGCCUUGCGACGAUUCCGGCGCCGAAGACCUCAGGAAGGUUAUCGCUUCCCCGACUUCGAACACGCCCCGACUCCCGACAUUUAGUGUGACUUCAAGUUCAGCUGAUUCAGCUAAGGAAGCUAGUGCCGAUGUCCAGGUUUCAGUGUCAGCUGAAGAAUCGGUUCCGGGUCCGAGAAAAGAACCAACGAAAUCUGUGCCGGAGCCUGAGGAAAGACCCGCUGAUAUAGAUGAGAGGGAAAGUGCAAGAAGUCAAUGUGCAACUGAUGCAUCAGCUGGCCAAAUGACAAUUUUCUAUUGUGGAAAAGUGAAUGUAUAUGAAGGAGUUCAACCUGAGAAGGCACGUGCAAUCAUGCAACUAGCAGCAAGUCCAAUCCCUUUAUCUCGGGAAAACUCGUUUGGUGUCCCUGCAGCAGUUAGACCCUUUCCAUUGCAUUUAAAUUCUACAAGUGAAAAAUGUGGUGUUCCUCCUAGUGUCUCAAUCUCACAACCCACGCAAGCAGAUGCAGAUGGUCAGGCAAGCAGACAAGUGUCUUUGCAGAGAUACCGUGAAAAGCGAAAGGACAGGGGUAGGUUGAAGAGCAAAAGAAAUACUGCAAGUAAUUCUUCUAGCUUGGAAGUCUACUUAAACCACCAAGUGAAGACACACAUGUCAAAUGGUAAUUCAAGCCGCAGUAGCACAAGCUCCCCAACACAGCCUGGGUUCCCCCAAGCAUUGUGUAGCACAAUGGACAAUCAAUCUAAGAUAACAUGUCUUCCGGUUGAUCUCAAUGAAAACCGUAAGCUAAAAAAGAUUUUUCCUUUGUUUGCCAACUACUUAGGCACAUCCCGUUUAUCAACUUAGACUUAGUUCAUUGCCCUUUUCUGUUUAUAACACCAGUUAGAUUGCCUUCUCAUAAUCUGUUAGGCCGAUACCAACUAAUCUCAUGAUGAAUAGUACUAAAAUCAGCUGACUUCCAGCCCACAUUUCAUGUAUUUUUUGAUCUUUUAUAUGCUGCUUUUCAGAAAAUCUGGAUUGCUGAAAUCUUUUGACUAAUUAUCGUAGCGUGGAGAGGAUGGGAGAGAAGAAACCAAAUCACAGGCUCCCAGAGACUUGCCUUUUUUGCCUGUUUUCGGCCUGCCUAUUCUUCGGUUAAGUUUUUCUACUGUGCUUUUGUAUGUGAGAAUUUGAGUUGCUUAGGCUUACAUGAUCAAUUUUGUAUAAAAUAGGAUGAUUAUGGUCUUGAUAGGGAAUUAUUUAUUCCUUACGUUAAGCCUUCUUCUAAGGUUGAGUUGAGAUAGGUGGAAGAAGUCUUUUCUUCACUAGUAGCUUAUGAUUGAUCCCUCUGAGUUGACAUAGUUAUUCUCUUAUCUAGUAUGUUGUAUCUACAAAACAAUGGCCUUGUACAAUAUUUAGUCUACCUUGUAUCACCAGCUAGCUGAGUUUUUUUA